AUGGAGGUAACGCAGCGGUGGUUAACCCUCCAUGAGACUCUGCGGACGCUUGCUGCUCAGACAUCCUUUAAAGAUGAUUUUUAUUCUUAUCUAGAUGGCACUGGUUGGCAGACUCGAAUGCUACGUCAACUAGAGCCACUUCACUGGGUAGCGUAUCAUCUUGAUCCAGCAAGAGUUCCUGGCAAACUUGAUGAGAGCGCACGACGCCAUAUUGAAGGUGCUUUACGACCACUUCAAAGCGAAGAUGGAAGAUCUACUGCAUGGCAUGAAUUUCUGGCAUUCCGGCAAAGAACAGCUGAGAGAGCAUUUUCACAGAUGAAUCUGCAGCAUACAAAGAUCCGGAAUCGGCUUGAAUCUCACCGAGUUGAGAAGCUACUUUAUAUACAGAUUAACAAACGACAAUUUCGUGCAGACUCGCCACCUACCGUUACCCAAGAGAUGCUUCUUGAGGAGGAAGAUCAGGAGAUAGAAAGAAUACUGCAGCGUAAGCAGGUGCAGGACUAUCUAUUAGAGGUGCUUGAUACUUCAGACUCUGAGGAGGAUAUUCCACCGGACCCUGUGCCGAACCCAGUACCAAAUCCAGCACCAGAACCAGCGUCGAAUCCAGCACUUAUUGCAGUAUUAACGUACCGUGGUUCGCAGGCGAUCAUGGCCAAUCCCUUCUCCCCCGAGAAGCUUCUCCAUAUGAACGUUCCAACAUGGGAUGCCCCCACCCCCGGGGUUUCCACGGAACACCAACCUCACCUUCGAACUUUAGCUAGGCUUCCCUUGCUAGGGCUGGAUGACUGGGAGGAGGAAAGAGCAUAUGAUGAGCAGCCACCCAUCUGUAUUCACUACUCUAUUGAGUGGAAGCUUGCAUUAAAUAAGCGGGUUGUAGUAAGCGAUACGGAGCAAAACUUGGUGUUAGCUCCCAGUGCCUACUGGGACAAAUUCCUCAACCCAAAACUAGAAAGGGUUGUUGGGCAGAAAUUUUCUCGUGACCAGCGUGUUCGUCCUGAUGACACUGCAAUAACUGUUGCAAUCAACGACCGUUCUGAACAUAAUCUUACUAAGCGGUUUGAGAAGACCAAUAUUAAUUGGUCCCUCGUAGAGGAUCAGCUGCUGGACUGGGGCGAUUUGUUCCGUGCUGGGAAGAAACUUAGGCUGAUUAUUACAUUCUAUUAUCUUGGGGACAGUCGAUCAUGUCAAAAAAAGGGAGAUAAAAGAGGAUCAUCAGCGACCCAAAGGAUGCAAGUGGAGAAGGAGGACCAGCUAAAUGCCGAACGCACCUCUGGCUUGUCUAGUUCUUGGCGGCAGGUCUAUCAACUAAUGCGUUGUCGUGAUAAGGCCUGUAAGCAAGGAGUGCACUGCUUUGAGGACCCUGUGUCCCAAAAGCACUUCCCGCUGACUCAGCAUCACCUCUCAAGUCUCAUUGAUUUUGUUAAUGGUGGUGGUAUCUUGCGUACCGAAAAUGACAUUCCUGAUUGGUUCCAUGAACAGCUGAAGGCAGAGGAAAAGGUCUUGAAGACAAAAUCUAAGGAUAAAGGUUCGUUAGCACAUGGGGGCACUUGCUCUCCAAUUAACAUUGUUUUGCCUGCGCAAGCGCUAUCAUCCAUUCCAGCCACGACGCAGGCUGCAGUUCCAGAUACACCACCUUCAAGCACAUCACGGUGCAAACGUCUUGAUAUUGCUGGGCCUCGAGAUGUAGCGGUCAGGAACUACAGCGAGUGGCAUGCGUCAAAAGUGGAUGACUAUGACCUUAAGAAUGAUUACCGGAAAGCGUGUCAAGUGGCACUCAAGAAUGGCCUUGAUUUGCAACAGAUCCUUAAUCGCCCAGAUCCAAACUUUUUUUCAUAG